GUAUCUUCGGUCAUGUCUUCCUUCAAAACUUUGGAAUGUUUAAACAGAAAGUAAAUAAUCCCAUCUCGCAUGGCCAACAAUCUCUUUGCAGCCAUUGACAUGGGCACUAAUGCCUUCAAGCUCCUAAUAGUUCAAGCUCAUCUCCCGGGUAAAUUCAUCCCUCUUUUAACCGUCAAAGAGCCCGUCGUUUUAGGUCACGAUUCGCCUUCUUCCACAAUCUCCACCCACUCCCAAAACCUCUCCAUCAAAUCCCUUCUGAAUUUCAAUAAGCUUAUUCAAGCCCAUAAUAUCCCGCCUCUCCACACUCGCUGCGUAGCCACAUCGGCCAUCCGCGAGGCCCAGAACAAGGUCGAGUUCAUUGACUCAGUCGCCGAAACCACCGGGUUCAAAGUUGAAGUUUUAUCAGGCGAAGAAGAAGCCCGGUUUUCUUACCUGGGUUCCCUUCAAUUCUUGCCAGUUUUUGAUAAUCUGGUCUUGAACGUCGAUAUCGGAGGUGGGUCAACUGAGUUUGCCAUCGGGUUACGUGGAAAGGUUGAAUUUUGUUCAUCUUUGAAGCUUGGUCACGUCACUUUGACUCAACAUAAUUUCGGGGAUGAAGAGGCUGAAAGAGCUCCGAAUAUGAGGGAGUAUAUUAGGAAUGUCGUUAAGGAAUCUGGGUUAAUCGAGAAAGUUAAAAUUUUUGGGUUUGAAAUAGCUUUGGGGUCAUCAGGGACAAUAAGAGCCAUUGAGAAAGCAGUUUCCAAAGGGUAUGCAUUGGAUUUUGCUGAAAACGAAGCUUUGUUUAGUGAAUGUAAAAGGGAUUGGAGCUUUACCAGAGAUGAAUUAAAGAGUGUUGUCGAGCGCUUAUGUAAAGGAGGAGAGGGACAAAACUUAAAGAGAGAUGGGUUUUUCAAGAGAAGAUCAGAGUCCAUUGUUGCUGGUGGGAUUUUGUUGGAUGAGAUAUUUGAUUUGCUUGGGAUUAAAGAAAUGUUGGUUUCAGGUUAUGGAUUGAGAGAAGGUGUGAUUGUUGAUAGUUUAGCUAAGGUCUUCUAUGAUGGUUAUGAUUUGAACGCGAAUGCUCGGUUUCGGUCCGUUUUACAGCUUGCUGCAAGGUUUAAUGGCAAAAAGAAGACCACUUCUGCUGUUGAAAUUGCUAGCAUUGCAACGGAGAUUUUUGAAGGCUUAAGUAAAUGCAAGGAGCUUGAUAACAAUGGAGUUAACCUUGCUGUUCAUUUAGAUGACAAAGGUCUGGAAUAUCUUGAAGCUGCAUGUUUACUGCACAAUAUAGGUCUCUCCACUGGUAAAAAGGGUUACCAUAAGAAGUCAUAUCACAUCAUAAUGAACGGAAAUCAUCUUCAUGGAUAUAGUGAUGAGGAGGUCAAGUUAAUAGCUCUUCUUACAAGACACCAUAGAAAGAAAUUACCCAAGCUUGACGAUGAUUCUUUUAAUGAGUUCGGAGAACAGGCACAGCAGAAACUCAAAGUUCUUUGUGCAAUUUUACGUUUAUCUGUUGUGUUACAUCUGAAAGGAUGCAUAAACUACAGAGAAAUGGAUUUUUCACAUUCUCGUGAAGGUUUCAUGCUGGUUAUUGGGGAAGCAAGGGUUCAAAAUCAGCUGCCCGGCGUCGAUCAAUGUACAGCUGAUAGAUUUGCGGGAGAACUAAGAUAUGAAUCAGAAUACUUUAAGAAGGUAUUCAAGCAAGAAUUGUUCGUUAAACUUGAAGCACCACCAUCCUGCUCAAACUAAUCAUGAAAAUGAAAGUUGAUGAUUGGAGAUCUGCCUCUUAGUUCUUGAUCGAAACCGGGUGCGAAAAGUGGUUCAAGUCGACUAUCUCGGGAAAUUAAGAGUACUCUUUCCCUUUUAAUCUCUGUUCUAGUAGCUAGUAGCUAGUAGCUUUAUCCUGGAUGUUCCGAGAGGUAAUCAGAGUAGCUGACAACCACCUACUGGUAAAAAAGCAUCCUUGUUUUUGCCUGUGGCGGUUCUCCAGCCAACGGUGUGGCCAACAGGGUGCUUAAGAAUACAUGAAGCCUGGUGAAUGCAAAUAGUUCAGCAGUUCAUUCCUGUUUUCGUCUGCGAUUUCGAAGAAAAACUCAGGGUAUUCUCUAACAGCAGGUGUACCUUUGUCUCUGUUCUAACAGCACAUAUACUCA